AUGCUACGAAAAAUUUACACUUUUACAACACUGAUUCCUUACGUGGUCAUUAUUUUGCUAAGUUCAUCAGAGGGGAGAAGAAAAGACGCCCAGCGGGAUCGAGCGAAACCUUAUUCCUUUCUUAGUCCAAAUGUAAUGCACAAACAUUACAUAAAAAUAUAUGAACAGAAUAAAAGGGAGAAUAAGAAAAAGAAGAAAAAAUUGGAAUUGUUUUUUUCAUACGACGAUAUAAGAAUAGGCCAAGGAUACGACAUUCAUAGGAUAUGCGUUUGUGAAGCGGAGGAUAGUGCUUCUACGUCUGCUUCUACGCCUGCAUCUACGUCUGCAUCUGCCUCUACUUCUGCCUGUACAUCUGGAUCUGCCUCUACAUCUGCCUGUACAUCUGCAUCUGCCUCUACUUCUGCAUCCAUUGAUGGUGACACAUUGGAACAUCAAAAUGAUGGCAUCGAUAAACAGAUUAUGAAAAGAUUAACUAUAGGAGGGGUCAAGGUGAAUAAUAUUUCCGUUCUUGCCCAUAGCGAUGGUGAUGUAAUUUUUCAUGCAUUAGUAGACGCUAUACUUGGAGGUCUGAAUUACUCAGACAUAGGAACUUUAUUUCCUGAUCGCUCAGAAAAAUACAAAAAUAAAAAUUCACUCUCUUUUUUAAGAUAUGCUAGAUUUAUUAUGCAUAAAAAGAAUUACACCAUUGGAAAUAUGGACAUCAUUGUCAUUGCUGAAAUUCCAAAGAUAAGUCUCAUUAGAAAUCAAAUUAUUAGAAACAUAUCUUCCACAUUGGCCAUUUCUGAGUCAAAAAUAUCUCUUAAAGGAAAAACGCAUGAAAAAUUAGGACCCAUAGGAGAGAAAAAGGCAAUCGAGUGCUUUGCAAAUAUUUUGUUAAUUCGAAAAAAAUAA